CCUCUUAUGCCGAUUUGGGCGGUGAAUUGUGCUGGAUUUGCUGCAACAUAUUUGAAUAUUUGGUCAAAUUAUUUAUUUGCCCUUCUCCCAGCACUAGUCGCCGUGCAAUUUGUCAGCUUGGGCCUGGCUUUUUUAAAGAAACACCAGUCCAUCGCAAGUAUAGCCCGGAAGCAUAUGAUUAAUGAGCUGGGCCAUGAUAUAUUCCGGGCUUGUGUGACGAUUUGGCCAAUUUUUACUUUUUCGCUUUUCUGCCCGGUGGCAGUGGAUAAGGAUGAGCAGAUGGAUUAUGUGAGAGAGCACUACCCGGAAUACACUUCAGAAUUCUCCCAGCUCAAAAAUUUCGUGAUCUACCGAAGAAACAUCUGGAUGACAAUUUCCGCGAUUCUCUUCAUCUGGGCGUUCAUUGUAUUCGGUUCCAUUACGUUUUACACCACAUUUGACAUGUUUCAAAUGCUAAAUGGAGUACAGAAAAAAAUCUCAAUAAGAAAUUAUAACCGUGAAAAAGCUGUAGUACGAAGUUUGGUGGCCCAGCUGAUUGCCUCCUCAAUAAUCGCAGUCCCUGGUUUGGCAGGCGGACUAUGUGCGUUUUGGGCGACUGGUGAUUUGAAAACUGUCAUCGAAGUUAUUGGUGUGAUCUUCCUACUACGUGGCACACUCCAUUCAGUUAUUCUAGUAGCAACUACAUCACCAUAUAAGAAAUAUAUUUUGAGGAAAAUUCCGCAGAGGAUGCCGCCCACCUCUCUAAUGAUAGUGUCUAUCACUUGA